AUGAAGUUCACAUCCUCAAUUACAGAAACAUGUCUGGGUGAACUGUUGCAUGAUUUGGGACUGGAGCAUCACCUGAAGAAGAAACUAACACUGAGCAGAGUUCUGGAAAUUGACGGAGAGUCUGUAACAGAUGAAAACAUUCAGUCUCUGAAAUCCCUGCCGUGGUGUUUUUUGAGGAGGCUAUUAAUGGUGAAUGUGACUGCUAGGAGUGUGAGCCUUCUGAACACUUUGCAUAAUCAACGGAGUCACUGCAAUAUGGUGAACCCCCUUGACCUCAUCACAGCCCUUUUUUUCUGCUCAGAUGGUUUUCUUCAGCAGGAGAUGGUGCUGAAAAUGUCCAUGUGCCAGUUUUCUGUACCUCUGUUGCUCCCUGGAAAUGAUGAACAACAGUGCACUUUGAUGGUUUGGGCCAUGCGAGACAUUGUGAAGAAGUACAGACCCCAUUCUUUGGCAGACCCAAGAGGGUUUGUGGAGGAAAGUAUUGUUCUGGCCAAUCUCCCCAUGGUUUCUUUUGUCAGACUGGGCAAAAGCAGUUUGUCCAAGUCUCAUAUUUUGAACCAAGUUCUCAGCAAUCCUCAGCAGUACCAUGACACCUUUGUUCACCACAACAUGGUAUGCGGAGACGCCCCUAGGAGAAUCUCCAAUGGACUGGUGGAGAUUAGCUGGUAUCUGCCCUGUGGUAACAGAAACAUUGACAUCUUUUCUGAACCUGUGGCUAUAGCUAAUCUCCGUGGUGACAUCACUAACUUUGAAACUCAGUACUCAUUCCUGUGCCGAACAUCCUCAGCUGUGUUUGUGUUUUGUGAUGAUUUUGAGUCCAACUGCAUGUUACUAAACUCCCAUCAUUUUAACACUCGUUUGUUCCUGAUAAGCGAUUCACAAAGCGGAUCCUUCAAUGUGGACAAUUUCAGAAGACAUGUCUCCAGUCUCCAGCUUCAGCCUGAUCACAUCAUCAUGAAGCAUCCACAGAUGAAUGAUGCAGAAUUUGUUGAUACAAUGCGUGCAGCAAUUGGUAACCUUCUGAAGCAAAAUCCAUUCAAAAUGAGUGUUGAACAGAUGUCUGCUGUUGCACAUGAGUUUGGGAUUCCUGUGGAUGAAGAUUAUGUCCACUGUAAGACUGGCAAAGAGAAGGCAGAUGCAAUCACAACAAGAAUAUCUGACAUACCAAGCUACAAGGAGAAGGAGCUGCCCUUACAAGGGAAUCCCUGGAAAGAGCUGGCUAAACUGGAAAAGGAAGAAUGCAGGUUGAAGAAAGCAGGCAAGAAAGAUAUUGAAAUGUACAGGAAUGAGCUUUGUAAACAGAAACAGAAGCUCAGGGCACAACAGGGUGCUCAUGAUAUUUCAGAUGCUAUGUCCUGCUUCAUCUCAGCAAUGUCCAGCUCAGAAGAGCGCUCCUAUUUCCUCAAGUGGAUGAGGAUCAAUCUGGAUAACCUGUCUCGGAGAAACUUGUCAUGCCUCCGGGAGAAGUACAAAGAACAGUGUCAGAAUUCCACAGAAAACAAAGAGCGCAUCACAGAGCUGGAUAGGAAAAUUUCCAGUUGCUCGUUAGGGACGGAGCACUUCAUACGGGAAAUGGGGCAGCUGUACGAGUCAGCCUGUUCACUUCCUGAAAAUUGUGCCUCUCGUCAGCAGAUGAAGGACCUCCCACGACUGUGUGCUGAAUUGUUGCUGGAAGGUUUUCCAUUGGAGCUGGUGGAUGGAGAUGCAUCCAACAUUCCCAUGAAGUGGGUGACAGAGGUUCUAAAUGAACUCCAUUGUCUGACAAAGUCUAAAAGUAAGAUCCGGGUGGUAACUGUGCUUGGGGUCCAGAGCACUGGGAAAUCAACCCUCCUCAACACCAUGUUUGGGGUGCAGUUUGCUGUCAGCAGUGGCAGGUGCACAAGAGGUGCCUUUAUGCUGCUCAUCAGAGUCAAAGACGAUUUUAAAGAUGAGCUUAGAUGUGACUACAUCAUGGUCAUCGACACAGAAGGGUUGAAGUCACCAGAACUUGCUCAGCUGGAUGACAGUUAUGAGCAUGAUAACGAACUGGCAACUCUGGUGGUGGGACUGAGUGACAUCACAAUCAUCAACAUCGCCAUGGAGAACUCCACAGAGAUGAAAGACAUUCUGCAGAUCGUGGUGCAUGCCUUUCUGCGCAUGAAGGAAGUGGGCAAAAAACCCUGUUGCCAUUUUGUGCACCAGAAUGUGGCUGAUGUUUCUGCCCAUGAAAAGAACAUGAGGGACAGGAAGAUUCUCCUGCAGCAGUUGAAUGAAAUGACCCAAGCAGCUGCUCAGAUGGAAAAGAGAGGCAACAACAAAAAUUUCACUGAUGUCAUGGAUUAUGUUCCGGAGCGAAACACCUGGUACAUCCCUGGACUCUGGCAUGGAAACCCACCCAUGGCACCAGUCAGUGCUGCCUACACUGAGGCAGUGAAUGUGUUCAAGAGGAGUGUGAUUGAGAUGUUAAAGGAUCACAGAUCUGUGAAGCAUUUACCACAAAUGUUCCCACAGUUCCUAGAGUGGACUAGGAGCUUAUGGGCAGCAGUGAAGUAUGAGAACUUCAUCUUCAGCUUCCGCAACAGUCUUGUGGCUGAUGCCUAUGCCAAGCUCUGUACAGAGUUCAACAAGUGGGAGUGGGCCUUCCGGAAGAACAUGCACACUUGGUUGACACAAGCUGAGACAAAAGUGUCAAACUUUAAUGCAGAGUCAUCCUUUGAUGCACCUGAUUUACUCAGUGAUUUGAUAAAUGAGGCUGUGCUGGAAUUGGCUAACAGGGAAAAGCAGAUUUUAGACAACAUUCUCGAAUACUACAAGAGACAGGAAGGACACGUCUACUUGGUAGAAAAAUACAAGGAGGACUUUGUCAACACAGCAAAAAGCAUCAGGAGAGAGACAGAGAACUCUGUCAAAAACAAGAUUGAGGCGGCAGUGGAAAUUAGAAAGGGUAUGUUCAGGUUAGAGACCAUCAAGAAAAAUCACACAGCCACUAUGCAGCAAAAGGUGCUGAAGUUGAUUGAGAGAUAUCGACAAGUAAAAACUCCCUUGACAGAGACGCAGCUGGAGGAUGAAUUUGGAAACAUGUGGAAUGAGACGGUGGCAGAGCUACGCUUCUCUGGGCUAGAGAGACGAAAUAUUGUUGCUGAUAUCCACCGCCAGCUGUGGGCUAACUUGGAGAGGAAGGGGGGUUCCGUACAAGAAAUGUUAUCCAAUGUGGUCAAAUUGGAUCAGUGUGGAAUAAAGCCCUUUAAAGUGGACAUUGAUGAUGAGGGCAUUUUCAAGAAGUACUGGCACAAAAUAGUUGGCGCUGAGCAGAAAAAGAGGUUACAAAGGAUGGCUAACUACAUCAUUUCCUGUAGUAAGCAGUUUGUGGGUGAGACUGUGGAAAAAAAAACUGAUUAUCACAACACAAACAUCAUAGACUUGCUUCAGAUGGUAGAUGAGAACCUGGAAAAGAAUAGGGAUCUGGUAACCAAUACCCAAUUUGAGGCCUCUCUGAAGAUACACAUCUGUGGCCAUGCUGCACGGGAGUUUCAGAAAAUGCAUGAGGAUUUUAUGCGUAUGAAUGAUCCCCGGCAUUGCCUGGAGCAAUUCAAGGAUCACUACUGUGCUGAUUUCAAAGACCUUUUCUAUGAAACAGACCAGUGUCAGAAGAAGGCUGAGGAAUUCACCUACUACUGCCUUGCACCUGCCAUCGGGAAAUAUGUCGAAAAAUCUCUGGGCCCUGAUGUGGUGGACGAAAUGUUGACAGGGAAGAAAGCCAAGGAUUUCAACACUCGGGUUUUUUUCCAGUUCUCCGUUCUCAGCCAGCUGCUCUCAGAUGGUGAUUUCAAUAACUAUUUAAAGUACACAUGUGAAUAUGAGUCUUUUGUGGAGAAGUGGAUAUUUGAGAAAAUAGUAGAACAGUUCUCAAUCGAAGAUGGGAUUCUCAAGAACAUGGAGCAAAAGCGCCUGAAUGAGAUAAUCAACAAGAUAAAGGAAGCUGUUGUAAAUGAGCAGAGGAAGGCUAGAGAAAAAGAAACAGGAAAUUUUGUGGAGGACAGGAACAUUCAGCAGUUCAUUCACAACAUCUGUAGCAAUCUGCACAACGAGCUUGUCAUUCCCAAAGAUGCACUAGAGGCAGUAUUAGCCUUAAACAGUGCCAAGCCAGAGGAGUUUUCCCAGUCUCUAAUGACAGUUAUAGAGGAGAUGGAGCAGGCCCUUAGUGCCGAGUUUCACAGAGAUGUGAAUGUGAGAGCCAAGCUGAGCGGACUGCCCUUUAAGCCACAGAAGGAGCUCUUCCGCAGAGUGUUUGGCUGUGGGAAGCAGUGCCCCUUUUGCAAGGCUCCUUGUGAGGCUGGUGGUAAGAGUCACACCGAGCACUUUGCUUCCGUUCACCGUCCUAGAGGGAUUGGGGGGUACUCAAAGGUGGCCUCUGAGAAAUUAGUGCUUGAUAUCUGCUCCUCUUGCAUCUCGAGUGAGCUCACAUUCUGCAACAGUAAAACAGAUGGCAAAUUCCAUCCUUAUAAGGAAUAUCAUGCCAUUUACCCUGAUUGGUGCAUCCAGUCUGACACCAGCAUCCAGGCCUCAGACUACUGGAAGUAUGUACUUGUUCAGUUUCACAAAGAGUUUUGCAAGGAGUAUAGCGCAAAGCCUGCUGACAUUCCCCCUGACUGGACAUUAAUAGACAAAAAAAAAGCAAUGGACAGUUUGAGGGAAUCUUUCAUGAUCUAA